AUGUACCCGACAGGAAUCCGAUGCCGUGCCUUCCGAUACCCGGUGCGCCGUCGCGUAUGCACAUUUGUCCUGAUCCUAUCCCUCUACUGUCUACUACACUACCUUCCGGAUCUGCCUGCGACGCAGGGCAAUACAUGGGCCGACCAGCGACCGCCAAAGCACCACGUAGACGAAAAGCCUCAUUUCCUUUACCGCUCGCCCUUACGACAGAAUCCCGACCUCGAGUAUGAGAAACAGCUAUCCAAUGCUCUGCAGAAGUUCGAACAAGAGGUCCUUGCUCGCAAUGGGGGAAGCGAAAGGGCAGAGGAUCGCAUCUGGCAGAUUGCACAGGAUGAAGACUAUCGCGGCAACCCUCAAAAUCCCCCUUGUGCAAGCAUUGAACCGCAGAAGCUAGUAUCGGACGCCAAAGCCCUCGAAUUCGUAACUACCGAACUAUCCGCCAUCCCCGAAAUCGCAUCCGUCUACCGAUCUUACCCGUAUAAUGUUCUGCGCGCAGACCUUCUCCGCUACCUUCUUCUCUGGUACUAUGGGGGCUUCUAUGCAGAUACAGACGUGAUACCCGCUAAGCCGAUUAAGGAGUGUCCCGCAUUACAGCCGGUCUUUACAUCUAUAUCUAAUCACAGUGGCGUGCCGACUGUCUCGCCGGCGGUAUCCCUUGUCGUCGGCGUUGAGAUCGAUGAGCCGUACGCAACGAGGCAAUUUAUGCGCGACUGGCGCUGGACCCGGAGAUACGGCUUCCUCCAGUAUACAAUGUAUGCGCCGCGGCGAUUUAGCCCUCUCUUAAGGGAGAUCAUAGUGCGAGCGAUAUCUCACACCCACCAGUAUGAGUCGCAGCGCUGGGGCCUGUUCCGCAGGCUGCGGUAUACGCAAAAAGCUAUAUUAAUGGUGACCGGCCCGGACGUUGUUACAGAUACAAUCCUCGAUACAGUCUCUACGUCUCUGCCGUCCACACAUCCACUAGUACAGGAGUCGGUCCGUGCAGAUGCGGAGAUCGGUGACCUAGUCUCACCUGAGACGGGGGCGACACAGCAGCGUGUGACAUGGGCGCCAUUUCAUAGACUCCAGCAUACCUUGUGCAUCGCAGAGGAUGAGGCAAUCCCGACCGCGCCGAUGGGCGGUCUCUGCGUGCUCCCAAUCAGCGUGUGGGGCAAUGGGCAGAGACACAGUCAGGCGGAGGGGUUUCGGAGUCCGCACGCCUGCAUCAAUCAUCGAUUCAAAGGGUCGUGGAAGAAGGGCUGGAGGCGGUAUAUCUCUGGGUGA